CUUGAAUCUCGCCUUGCUCAGGUAUUCCCAUUGAAAAGCAAACUCUCUUUGCUGCAUAUCUUCCCAAGUGAAAGUACCUCUGGGUAUCGUGGACAAACUCGUUGCGGCAUCACCGGUGAACUUUCAAAAACGGCCUUUCUAACGACGUGCCGUGGAAGUCAAGUUUGCGAGGCGUGGACAAGCGGACCCGUGCGGGGCGUGAGUCAUGUCAUUUUUGAAAUGGAUUGGAAAUAUGGGUAGUGCCGGUGGACGGCCAAGCAGCAUAACAUCCGAUUGGGCGAACACUGGCAAUGAUCGAUACUUUGGUUUGGAAAAUUUUGGCAACACUUGCUACUGCAACUCGGUCGUGCAAGCCCUCUAUUUUUGCAAACCAUUUCGAGAAUGCGUGCAAGAAUAUUCUUAUCCCCUCUCAGCAGCGCUCCUAACCGCCGCGUCCGAGAACAUCGCGCUACCACCAUCAACACCAAACCUAAGAACCACAUCAUCCACCACAUCUCUCAAUGGCUACUUUCGCGCAGACGGAUCUGGCAAGGAUCAACGGUCGGGCUUAACAGAUAAAGAAAAUGGCGUCAAACUGGAAAAGAAGCGGAAAGACAGCUCAGCGAAAAGCUCGCUAGUAAAUAAGCCUAUUUCUCAGUCAGCUACUCCGCCAAUACCGACAAUUCUGGAAGGAAUUGAACCUGCGGAGGCGAACCAGGAAACGCUAUUGUCCGCCUUACACGAGCUAUUUGUCAAGAUAACAUCACAAAAGAAAAAGACUGGUGUUGUCGCCCCUCAACAAUUUGUGACGAUUCUGAAAAAAGAGAAUGAGCUUUUUCGGAGCACAAUGCAUCAAGACGCGCACGAGAUGCUAAAUUAUUUAUUAAACGCAAUUGCCGAAAUACUUUUGCGACAUCGAAAGGAAUUCUCGGAAAAGCUAAAGGCUUUGCCAUCUGCCAUAAUACCACCAGCAUUUGAUACCGUCUUCCCACCAACAAACGGCACAUUAGAAGAGCCCGUCGAUAAACCCGCUAGCUGGGUCCACGCCCUUUUCGAAGGCAUUCUUACCAACGAGACCAAAUGCCUCACCUGCGAAACAGUCACCUCCCGAGAUGAAGCGUUCCUGGAUCUUUCCGUUGAUGUGGAACCAAAUUCUUCACUGAGCAGCUGUCUUCGUAACUUUUCGAAAUCGGAAACCCUGUGUCAAAAGAAUAAAUUCUUUUGCGACACAUGUAGAAGCCUUCAAGAAGCCCAAAAGAGAAUGAAGGUGAAAAAGACACCAAAUAUUCUUGCGGUUCAUCUAAAACGGUUUAAAUACCAAGAAAAACUACAGCGAUAUAUCAAACUAUCCUAUCGUGUUCCAUUUCCUUUGGAGCUUAGGCUUUUUAACACCACGGAUGAUGCGGAAGAUCCCGAUCGGCUUUAUAGGCUAUUUGCUGUGAUUGUCCAUAUUGGGAGUGGGCCACAUCAUGGCCAUUACGUUACCUUGGUGAAGAGUCACGAACAGUGGUUGCUCUUUGACGAUGACGAUGUCUCGCCUGUAGAAGAAUCCGAGCUCCAAAAGUACUAUGGAGACACGAACGCUGUCGGAUGUGGCUACAUCUUUUUCUACACGGCUGUUGAUUUUGACGCUGGCGAUCUCAUACGUUCCAUGAAGCCAUCAGAAGAGCUUGCACCACCUGCUGAACCCAAUACCGCACUCUCUGAAUCCCAAACAGAUUCCAAUCCCCUUUUAUCAAACACUCCAAUACAACCACCACUAGCAAAAAAGAAACUAGGAAAGCGACCUUCUUUGCCUGCUAUCAUGGGGGAUACCAAACAAGAGACUAAUGGUGCGGGAUCUUCGGACGUGGGGGAUGCGGUUGGCAAUUGGGGAGGGGAGAAGGAUAAGGAUCGGGACAAGGAGGGGUGGGGAUGGUUUGGAAUUGGGAAGAAGGAUAAAGAAAAGGAUAAAGAAAAGGAAAAGGAGAAAGAAAAGGGGAAACUAGGAAUAGGGGGCGGAGAUAAAGGAGCGGGACGAUGAUGAUGGAGAAUCGGUGGGCUAGGGUUGUCGUCACAUUUCUUGUAUCUUGAUUUUCUCUUUGAUUUUAUUUUUUUGGAGGAUUUAACUCUUUUUUUUUAUUAUUAUACAUGUACAAACGAGCAAAUGUAGUAAUGGUCCUACUGUCUGAUAAUUGCCGUAUACGCC